CGCAGCGUGUAUAUAAAGAUAUCGCAUUGACGUUACAAUGUGAUAUCUCAAACAAUCAUUAUCUUAAAUGGAGAUGGACUCAAACGAGACUCAACCAAAGGUGGUUGUUUCAUCACCGGCGAGAAGAAUAUCACUCCGACAAAUGACUCUCUCCGACGUUGACCACUACAUGGUUUGGGCCACAGACGCUAAAGUCGCACAAUUUUGCUCAUGGGAGCCUUGCACGAGCCGAGAAGAAGCCAUCACAUACAUAACUGAUUCGGUCUUGACACACCCAUGGCUCCGAGCCAUCUGUUUAGAGGACGACCGUCCCAUCGGCUACAUCUUGAUCAUGGCGGUUGAUGACAUCAGGAAAGAGAUCGGUUAUGUGCUAGCUAGAAAGUAUUGGGGAAAAGGGUUCGCUACGGAGGCGGUGAGGCUAGUGACGGCGGAGAUAUUCAAGGAAAUGCCGGAGAUCGAGAGGCUUGAGGCACUAGUAGACGUGGACAAUAUGGGAUCUCAAAGGGUUCUUGAAAAAGUUGGUUUUACUAGAGAAGGUGUGAUGAGGAAUUUGAUAAUAAUGAAAGGAAGUGUUAGAGAUAUGGUCAUGUUUAGUUUCUUGCCUUCUGAUCCGUUGAAGUAAUUGAUCAACAAAAAUAUCAGUUCAGAUUAUCUAUAAUGUUGGACUUUUUCUAUGAUUCAUCUGUAAAACAUGAAAUAAAGUAAUAAACUCUGUUACUGUGAUGUAUUA